GUGAAAUUGAAAGAGCUAGAGCCCAGAGCCCUAACUCUGAGCCCCCCUCAGGCCUCAAGCUUCUUGUCCUCGUCUGGAACGAUAACUGUCCUCUCUCUACCUCUCGCAAAGGUAUCGGACUCACAUAAGGUUGUUAUAAGAUGGCAACAAGAUCAGACCAAGAUAAUGAUGACGACUUCAGUGAACUUUACAAGGAGUACACGGGUCCUCAGGGAUCAACAAGAUCGACGACAACCAAUUCACAAGAUAGGGAAAAGACAAACAAAAGGUCUCUUACGGGUUCCGAUGAAGAAGAGGAACCUCCCCGUGACCCAAAUGCUGUUCCAACUGAUUUCACUAGCCGAGAAGCCAAGGUUUGGGAAGCCAAGUCGAAAGCUACUGAGAGAAUUUGGAAGAAAAGGAAAGAAGAGGAACUGAUUUGCAAAAUAUGUGGAGAGUCUGGUCACUUCACUCAGGGGUGCCCCUCUACUCUUGGAGCAAAUCGCAAGUCUCAAGAUUUCUUUGAAAGGGUGCCUGCUAGAGAAAAGCAUGUAAAAGCACUUUUUACAGAGAAACUUAUAGAAAAGAUUGAAAAUGAUAUUGGCUGCAAAAUCAAGAUGGAGGAGAAGUUUAUCAUUGUUAGUGGCAAGGAUAGGUUAAUUUUGGCCAAAGGUGUGGAUGCCGUGCACAAAGUGAUUAAGGAGGAAAGUGAUCAAAGGGUUUCUUCUAGUUCCCACAUGGAAAGAUCUAGGUCACCUGAACAAAGCCCUGCUCAUGCAAGGUUGCGACGAUCUAAUUCCCAAAAGUCUCAUUCCGGUCCUCAGAAUGCAUCACCCCUUCCGCAGAGGUUUGGUAGGCAGGAGAGGGUUUUGGAAGACCAUAGUCACAAUGAUCUGAGGAAGUUUUCAAGGGGCUCUCCACAAGCUUAUGGUAAUAAUGGAGCCAGAGGUCGUUUGAGCAAUUCAAAGUCUCCAACACGUCCUCCUUACCCAGGCAAGUCAUAUAAUUCAUAUGAUCGUAAUAAUCAGAGCAUGAGUGCUUAUAGGACUGAUGGAUGGGAUAGUGAGAGGAGAGGAUCUGAUAUGCAAACUGGUCAUCAGUUUGAUUACCCUGCCUCCAGCCAAACAUUAGAAGAGCUAGAGUUGGAGUUUAAAAGGGAGGCAAUGGAAAUGGGAAAAAUUCGUGACAAGGAAGAAGAUGAAGAAAGUUACAGGCAUCGUGAGGCUAUUAAGGAGAUGAGAGAAAAGUACAUGAAGCAACUCGCCACUCUCAAGGGCACACAUGCAAAACAGUGGGAGGAGUUUCUCCAAAUUGAUGCCCAGCGGCGUCAACAACAGGCACCACGGCAAUUGCCCUCUUCUGGUUUUGGUGGUUAUAAACAGCGUGGUUAUUCUGAGUAUGAUGGCCCCUUGGCCAAUCCUCAAUAUGCUGGGGCCAAUUUAGCCCUUGAUACACGAAGUCAAUAUUCAAACCCCAUGGAAAAUUACACUUCAAGGCCUCGUGACAAGUUUGGUGCAUUUCAGCGUCAAAGACGCGAAGAAUAUGGAAAACCUUACAAUCGAUACUAAUCAUUAUACUGGAAUUAAGGCUGGGUCCAGAUCUUGGUCGGGUAGGCGUAAUGCAGAGGAGGCCAAUAUCUAGGUAAGUAUGUUGGUUAUGGUUUUGAACUUGAGAAGGGACCAAUUGUGCACAUUUGUGUUGUUAGAAUCUAUUUCAUUCAAUUGGGUGGUUCAGUUCUGUUUGGAACUUUGUUAUAGAGACGUGAGAUACGGUUUUGGUUUUAUUGGUUAAUGCUGGUAAACAUUUAGAAGGUAAUGACUCCUGAAUGAUUUAGAUUUUGCAUUUGGUAAUGAUUAGCACUUUGACAGACUUAUUUACAGUAACAUGUGCAAUUUUUUUCAUUUAA